AUGACGGAGGAUCAAGUGUCACAAGAAUGGGAAAGGCUCUGUAUGCUAGGACAUGCUCGUAAAAUGGGUCAUAUUGAGAACUAUUUCGCAGUAGCUCAAAGACAGGACUUUUACUCGAAUUUCGGACUUUAUUGCGAAAUGAACCAAUCCUUUUCUUUGGAUCAGCUAACGUCUGCGUUGCGCGCCAUUUGUCUAGAAAAUCCAAUUUUACUGCACACGGUUGUGGAAAACAGAUCGGCUAGUGACCAUGGCUUUUAUCAGAGCGAUCAAUAUCUCUCGAAGCCAUGGCCGGAGCACGAUUUCAUUAGGGUGCUAAGAAAAGUUCACAUUUCAGAUGUAUUGCUGAACACAGAAGAACAAAACCACGAUAUCGUUGUUCAAGUAUUGGAUGAAUUUAAGAACAAUGGUGGCCACUACACAAGCCAGAUUUUUGAACUCUUGAACUCCGUGCGUAUACCUUACACUCACAACACAAGACCCAAUUGGAGAAUCUUGUAUUUCCCCGAAGACAGUGAGACUCAAUGCAGAAAGUUCUUGUUUCUGUCGAACCAUUGCUGCAGUGAUGGUGUCUCUGCUGCCAAUUUCGUACAAGAUUUGAAAGAGCGCUUGAACGAUCCCGAAAUGCCAUUCGUCAAUUCAGGUGUCAUCUUCAACUACAAUGACGAUUGUUUGGUUUUGCCGCGUCUGCCUGCCCCAAUAGAGACAAAGCUUGAUUACAAGGCCCCGAAAACCUUUUUGGCACGAAUGAUAGGCUGCCAAUUGCUUCGGGAGCUAUCCGGUUACAAAUCGGCAGGUCCUCCGGUUAAGCGGGUUAGCGAACCAGGCGGGAGUGAGUUUCACAGCUUCUUUUUAAACUUCACCGCGCAGGAGCUUGCGCAAGUUAAACUUAAGAUGAAAAACCGAGUGCACUCCAAAUGCACGUUCACGCCAUUUUUACAGGCAUGCUGGUUUGCAACGGUGCACAAGUGCGGCAAAAUUCUCACACACUCUUUCAGGGAACGCUUGACAAACAUUUUGGUCGCGAUGAACUCGACAAGAUUACUGCCAUCCAACGAUCCAAAACUUCAGCGAGACUACAGGUUUGGCUGCAACGUUGGAGGAUCACAUUACAAUUACCAGGUCUCGUCAUUUGAUGUUGCCGAUGACUCAAAUGCAUUUUGGAGGCUGGUAGAAUAUUACUACGACGUAUUUGGAGAGGCGAAGCGCCAAAAUCACUAUCUGUGUCCACUGGGUGCCUUGAUGUCAGAUCAGACGUACGAGAAGAAAAACCUGGACCUUGUCCUCGCACACGCUUUUUUAGGUAAACCACGGCUGGGUACCAUGCUUAGCAAUCUGGGAUUUUUUUCCCAGCAGAAUGGAGGUGGGGAGUACCGAAUCCGGGACUUGAUCUUCGCACAGGCCAUGGGUAGUUUUAGGUUUACUUUUGCCCUCAAUUGCUGUGCUACAGACGUAGGUGGACUAAACAUUGUGUUGUGUGCGGCAAAGGGAGCAUUGCGAAGCCAUCGCGACUGGAAUGACGUAUGUGAGUUGUUCAAAAGCAUAAUGUUGAAAAUCUGA